CUACAGAAGACACAACAUGGCGGACAAAGAGAUUCCAUUGUUGGCUUGUGAGGACGGCGUCCAAUGGGUUUGGCUGACUUUUGCUGAAUGUUUACAGUCACCGAGGCAUGUAACGGGUUAUGUGAUUGGCUCCUUGUGUGUAGUAACAUGGGCUGUCGGAUGGAUAAUGUUUCUGGUCCAGCUAUGUCCAGUCUCAGCCAACAGUAUUUGGUCAGUUCUUCUAAUCUCACUUGUGGUGGACUUGGUCAGUUUUGCUGGGGCCGUGUUAUCCAUGCAGGUUAUCCUUGUGAUCUCCAUUGAUAUGUUGAUGCUCGCCUUAGACAUCAGUCUCAUCAUCAUCUGUACCAUCUACAUGUCAACAAGGGCUUGUAUAAAGACAAGCAGCGACAGCAAGACACACGAGUCUCAAGGUUUUAUAGAUGAGCCGCCAUCUGACCUGAACUUGACCAACCUGACGUCAUACAAGGUCUGUAUACUGCCCGUGAGCCUUGUGAGCGUGUCUUUACUGGUGCUGACCACGGUGGCCGUGCAUCGCUCCAACAGAACCAUCUGGUCUGACGCGCCUCAUCAUCCACUGGCUCCAGGAAAAGAUACCUCUCAGUUUUAUUUGAAACGGAUCCCAGGAGUUAUCGUUCUUUGUUCCCAUCUUUUGUAUAUCGGAAGUAUUUUCAUUCAGUCAAAUGGAUUCAGUAUCAGCCUUGUUGCACUACCGUGGAUUCUGGGAAGAACCAUUCAACUCCUGUUUUCAAACAAAUGCUCCGUUGAUUGUACACUGGACCAUAAUAACGUGGGCUAUAAAGCAUGUGGUGAUGUGGAUAUCUUUCCUGUUGAAUAUGAGACUUUACUUAGAAGCCCCGAGAACGAGGCUGAGGAUACCAACGUACUGUUUGAUAAAGAAUGGACACAAUUCAAGGGGCAUAAUCAAGAGGCACGUCAAGAGAAGAUGACGUCAGACAGUGCCCACUUGACGUCACUCUGUCAAAUUCCCACCAAUCAGACGGCACUGCAUGAGAUGACGUCAACCACGGAUUCUGAUUGGACGAGUACAAGCCAGGAACACGAGACAGUGUGGGAGAAAGAGGAAUUGCUCACAAGACAAAAUACCAAACCUGGUCAAAAACCUUUCCGACACCUGUACCUGCCCCUGAAGCCACAAGGUCCGAAGAUCGCCUUAGACUCGGCAACGACCGAGACCUACACCGAGCGGGUGUGCUCGUGGAUCUCCAAGAGCACGCCCGAGGAGGAGGUGCUGCCGUGUCUGACCUUGACCUUGAACCUGGACACGAGUCAGGAGUCGCGGAGCUGCGACCUGCACUGCAAGCAGUUCGGGGAGAGGAAGGCGUACCACGGCGGGCUGCUGCUGAGCCCGAGGAAAAAUUCGUUUUGA